CCUCACCCCAAGACGGCGGACUCCAAUAUGACUGACCUGGCAGUGUCACAAUCGAUAUACCACGACCUAGACAUAGAGAAAAAAGCAUUUCGACUGCUUCGAAUCGAGCCAGCCUUGCAUCAUGUUGAUCCUAUCCGUUGCGAACUUAGUGCCGAGUAUUUGGACAGUGAUGUGUCGGAACAUACUCCUCACUACGAAGCACUGUCUUACGUGUGGGGCUUAGACAUACAUCACACGCCCAUUCAAGUUGCCGGAAGACCUAUGAGAGUGACUGCAAAUUUGUACGAGGCACUGUUACACCUGCGGCAUGUGUCAGAUGACAGAGUUGUAUGGAUUGACGCACUCUGCAUCAAUCAGGAAGACUUACUUGAGCGAAAAUAUCAGGUUGCGUUGAUGCGUCGUAUCUACCAAAAAGCCUCGAGUACGAUAGUUUGGCUGGGAGUUUGCCCCAGCAACGAUUGUGAGCUAGCGAUGAGAUAUCUGGCUCAAUUGGGUCAGGAUGAUCAACUCCACCUGCUGGAUACGUUGACGCCCCAUGCGCGUGUAGAUGGUCAUCACGCAUCCUCACCAAACAUACAGAACGGCUUGAAAUCCUUCCUGGCGAAUACAUGGUGGUCGCGCAUGUGGACUGUACAGGAAUGGAUCCUGUCACAGAAAGUGAUCUUCCAAUACGGCCCACACCUUCUCUGCGGACAGCUUGCCCGACAAGCUAUUCAUAACUGGCGAAUGCACUUCCAUCAUCUUCCAUGUUGCCUGCAGCUCCACAAGAGUGACGUUGAGGUUGGAUACCUGCACAAUCUCUUCUUCGGAUUCGAUGCUAUGGAUUACAUUCGGCUACUCAUGCACGAUGUAUCCUUGCCGUACGUCAUCAGCCAAUUCAGAGCUACUCGUAGAGCGACUAACCCACGCGACAUGGUCUAUGGCGUGCUUGGUCUGGCCAAUAAUCAGUACCAAGACAUCGUGGUCGCAGACUACUUCGCAUCAACAGAAGAGGCCUUUGAGUCUAGCACUUUGGCUAUGAUCAAACAGACAGGCAGCCUCGAUGUAUUGAGUCAUCUUCCGCUCGACGGAGAGCGCAAUCUUGUCCUGCCUUCAUAUGUCCCCGACUGGACAGUUCCGUCUGAAGAUCUGACCUACAGUGACUGGCUGAACUGGCUGAGUCACCUACACCUUUACAACGCUUGCAGUAGCGAGGUUGCUCACUUGGUCAGUGUAUCACCCGGAAGCAUCUGUCUCAAAGGUCUUGUGGUAGAUUCUGUCCACUCGUUGGCAUCGGUUCCCAGCAGGCUCUCACGAGCGGCGUAUAUGAAGGAAGUUCUCGGAUUAGCAGGGGUUGAAUUCUCUCGCAAAAGAAGCACAACAGACAAUGAACGGGUCAUGUUAUUUUGGGCUGCAAUGUGCGGAACCAUGGAGCUCUAUAUCGACCAGAACCGUGGAGAUCGUCCUUUCUACCGCCGCAUCCCAGCUCCCACUACGACGGACUGCUCCUCUUUCGAGAGAUGGGCAGCAUGGGAGCUAGAACUUCUUGACGGGCCUGCUCCGCGUAACGAUGCAGAGAUACGUAGCGUGUUUUUGCCCCACCGAGUCUUGAGGGGAGGCCGUAGAUUUGCAGUCACUAAGAAAGGUCGUUUGGCUUGGUGUCCGAACACCUGUCAGGUGGGUGAUGCUAUCUCUGUGCUGGCUGGCGGGACUGUUCCCAUAGUAUUACGUGAAUGUGGAAACAAAACUUAUCAGGUUGUAGGUGACGCUUACGUACAUGGGAUAAUGGAUGGAGAAGCGAUUGAGGAUAUGCGAACGGCUGGCGAGCAAUGGGCGGACAUUGUGCUGGUUUAGUCUUAUCAAAGGCGUGGGCAUCCGUCGUUUGAAAAUAUCUGUAGUCUUACUCUGCAACUGCAAUAGGUGAUCUGUCG